CAUGCCAGAAGCAAAAGUGAACAAUAUCACUUCCGUAAGGCAGCGAAUAAAACAGUCCUACUGCGCACUAAAUGCAGGGGCGCAUGCUCUUCCCGCCUUUUAAUGAUAUACGGAGAUUCCCGCUUCCUUUCAGACACAUUUCAACUUCAGAUGACGCCCUGGGAACGGUGAAGUUAACUUCUGACUAAACUAAGUUAUUUCGGAAAACUCAGAAACAUGUGCUCUUUGUGUUGCCCCAGCACGAGGCAGUAUUGAAUCCAGUUUAAUUAUAUAUAUAUAUAGGUUUAUUUAGUAUUGUUGUAUAGACACUUGUUGGAAAUUGAAACGCUUAAUGGAAUUUUUAAAAAAAAUAAUAAACCAAAUGUUUGUUUUUUUCGUAAGGAUUUGAAUAUCUUUUUCGAUUUUGGGAUGGAAAUUCUUAUGAGAAAGUGUUUUGGACAAUUUAUUUGUUUGUUGGUCAUUGCUGUUUUAGCUUCCAGGGCAGAUAAACUAGAUCGCCGCUCUCUAGUCUUUGUGAAUGAGCCAUCAGAACACAUAGAUUUUUAUAAUACAACUGGAGCCGUGAUUCCAUGCACUUCAAGGGGUAAUCCAGCUCCCACAAUGAGAUGGGAAACAAGAGAUGGCAAUCCUAUUAAAGACGUUCCCGGAUUGAGGCAUAUUCGUCCCGAUGGGUCUUUAGUCUUUUCUCCUUUCCAUGCCGAUCAUUACAGACAAGAUGUACAUGCAUCAGUGUACAGAUGUACUGCAUCAAAUGCAGCAGGUACUAUUGGUUCCAGAGAUGUUCAUGUAAGAGGAAUGGUCAAGCAGCCUUACAAAAUUCAAGUAUUUGAUGAAUAUACAGUGAGUGGAAACACAGCUGUGAUGAGAUGUAGUAUCCCAAGCUUCAUGAAAGACUAUGUUAUUGUUACUUCAUGGGUACGCGAUGAUUCAAGAACAAUUGUUGCAUCACCUGAUAAAGGUGGAAGAUAUAGCAUUUUCCCAACGGGCGAGCUACAUAUUAGAAAUGCAAAUAUUGAAGAUGGCUUCAAAAGUUAUCGAUGCGUCACCAGAAAUCGUCUUACUGGAGAAGUUGCUCCAAGUUCAGCAGCCGGAAAACUUUUCGUCACAGAUGCUCGGAGCAGCGUUUCACCGAGAAUAACACACAGUCAGCCCAAAAUAGAAACUGAAGUAGGCCAUACAGUAGAGCUUCCCUGCGCAGCCCAAGGGUAUCCCGUACCAAGAUAUUCGUGGUACAGACUACGCGAUGGUCCUUCACAUGUAAUAAAAAGAAUUGAUACAUCCAAUCAAAGGAUUACUGAACUCAAUGGUACGCUUUUAAUUCGAAAAGCUAAUAUUCAAGAUGGUGGUAAAUAUGUCUGCAUUGUGAACAAUACAAAUGGACAGGAGAGAGCUGAGACAGACCUUUUAAUAAGAGACAGACUUCAAGUCCGGGCACUUCCUCCAUCUCAAACUGUGGAUGUCGGUAAAACUGCAAUAUUUACGUGUAAUGUUUCCGGGCAUCCGGUACACAUUAUUAGUUGGAGAAAAGAUAUGGUUCCUGUUUUGUCAUCACGUCGAAUAUCUGUUUCCAGAGAAGAGCUGAGAAUAAGUCCUGUUGAAAGAGAAGAUCGGGGGAUGUAUCAAUGUUUUGUUUAUAAUGACAAAGAAUCUGUACAAGAUGCAGCUCAACUUGUUUUGGGAGAUGUUGCUCCUGUUUUAAAACACACAUUCGAACCAUCGACCGUGGAACCUGGGAGUCCACUUUCAUUAAAAUGUAUUGCCUCAGGGAAUCCAUUACCUCAAGUCACGUGGACUUUAGACGAUCUUCAAAUUCCAGAUCAUAUGCGGUUUUCCGUUGGAGAUUACGUCACGUCAAGAGCGGAGGUUGUUAGUUUUGUCAACAUCAGUAGUCUCCGCGUGGAAGAUGGAGGCGUAUACAGAUGCUUAGCUACAAAUGAAAUUGGAUCUUUAAGCCAUUCAGCCAAAAUAAACGUCAUUGGUCCCCCUUUUGUCCGAAUAAUGAAGGACAUUGCUGCUGUUGAAGGUGAAGUUCUCAAUGUUCGUUGCCCUGUAGCUGGUUAUCCCGUGGAAGAAGUCUAUUGGGAAAAAAAUGGGAGAAGAAUACCGUUCAAUCAUCGUCAGAGAGGUUUUAAGAAUGGAACAUUAAUUAUUCGAGAAAUUGACCGAAGAAGUGACGGAGGAGAAUACAGAUGCAUUGCAAGAAAUAGUCAAGGUCAGAAAGGUGAAAGGACGCUUAAUAUAAGAGUUUUAACUCCGCCAGUUAUCGAGCCCUUCCACAUACCUGAAGCCAUCGAAGAAGGCGCUAGGUCAAAAUUGCUGUGCUCCGUCACCAAAGGAGAUCCUCCUAUAACGAUACAAUGGUUGAAGGACGGCAAGCCACUGACACAGGAUUUAGGAGUGACAGAAACUACUUUGGAUGAAUUUUCUAAGGCCAUGUUAUUCACUCGGGUUGAAUUGAGACAUAAAGGAAAUUACACGUGCAUUGCUAGGAACCUGGCAGCAUCCGCCAGUUUCACUGCAGCAAUGGUAAUCCACGCGCCUCCCAGAUGGACAACGGAACCUCCUCACACUGAAGCAGUUCUAGGAUCAGACGUCAUACUCAACUGUGUCGCAGAUGGAUUUCCUAAACCUCAAAUACUUUGGAAGAGAGCAGAAGACACGUUGCAGAGUGACUACAACACGCUGCUAACAGAUGCCCACAUUCACACAUUAGUGAACGGUUCCCUAUCGAUUCGAAACGUUGAAAAGACCGACGAAGGAUUUUAUAUGUGCCAAGCAUCCAAUGGUAUCGGAUCUGGAAUAAGCACGGUCAUUACUUUAAACGUGCGCGUUCCGGCCCAUUUUAAGGAGGAGUUCUUAGCAGAAACUGUUAGGCGCGGUGAAAAAGUCGUUGUAAAGUGUCAAGCAUUUGGUGAUAGGCCGAUAUCAGUUACAUGGAAAAAGGACGGACAAUUGUUAGACAAGCAAGCAGAAAAAAAGUACACUAUUGAUGAAACCAUGACCGAUGAAGGGGUAACAUCAGAAGUUCAUAUUGUUUCAGCCGACAGAAGAGAUUCUUCUUUGUUUACCUGUGUAGCAGAAAACUCAUUUGGAAAAGAUGAAAUGAAUAUACAAAUCAUAGUUCAAGAAAGACCUGAUAAACCAUUUAAAGUAACGGCCCAUGAAAGUACCAGCAGAACAAUUUCGAUAUCUUGGUCCCCUCCUUACUCAGGAAAUAGCCCUAUUUUAUCAUACACCAUUCAAUAUAAACCAAGCUCAGGAUCGUGGAAAGAUGAUUCAAAAGACCUCACUGCAUCGGGAGCUGAUAGUAAAGCUUCUAUUGCCGGACUUCUUCCUGCGACAACUUAUCAUUUCCGAGUAAUGGCAGAAAAUUCGUUUGGAAAAAGUGAUUUUAGCUCUUAUGUAUCAGCGACAACUGAUCUAGAAGUGCCUGGAGGACCCCCUUUAAAUGUUCAGGCCGAUGCAGUUGGAUCACACACACUAAGAGUAACAUGGCAACCUCCAGCACUCGAAUUACAGAAUGGAAGAUUAACUGGGUAUUAUGUUGGCUACAAAGUUCAUGGUUCUUCAAAACCUUAUACCUACAAGACGCUUGAAAUUACUGAUGCCUUUCGCAGUGAAUGCUUGAUUACAAAUCUAAAGCGACUUACUACCUAUAGCGUCAUAGUUCAAGCAUUUAAUCGUCGUGGUGCGGGUCCUCCUUCAGAAGAAAUUAAAGUUAAAACAAAAGAUAAUGAUCCACCUACCAAUCCAAUCAUGAAUGAGCUGGCAACCUCACACACAUCAAUUCAAAUUGAAUGGAAGAUUAGACCUUCAACUUCAAGUCCUAUUGAAGGUUUCCGUUUAUAUUCCAAGCGAGAUUUUGGAGGUUGGCAAGAAAUACAAGUCCCUGGAAACAAACGAGAGCAUACUUUCGAAGAUUUACAAUGCGGCACCCGAUAUCAUUUUUAUAUGACUGCCUUUAAUGAAGUCGGCGAAGGUCUUCCCAGUGAUACGGUUACAGCCAAAACGCUGGGGGUAGCUCCUAUUGCCCCCAGCCAGAAUUUAUUUUUACGAACAAAUGCUACUCAUGCAUUUUUAUACUUAAACAAAUGGAAUGAUGGUGGAUGCGCUAUCACGUUUUUUGUCAUCCAGUAUAGAUUAGAAAACCAGAAAGAAUGGACUUUAGUUUCAGAUCAUGUACUCAUGCAGGCAGAACCAUUUGAACUUGAUUCUUUGAGUCCUGGAACAUGGUAUCGUCUUCAUAUUACUGCACAUAAUGAUGCUGGCUCAACUCAGGCUGAAUAUUCUUUCAGCACAAGCAUAAUGAAUGAUGCUGUUGACUUGAUUACACCAAUCAUCAGACGCCCUGCACCUUUUUACACGAACCUGGCUAUUAUUGCUCCUGUAGUUGUUACUAUUAUGAUUUUAAUAUCUGUACUCAUUGUUGUUUGUGCUCUCAGUAAACGUAGAAGGAAUGGAGAUAGACAGUAUGAAGAUGCUCAGAGUGUGAGAAAAGAGAUAAAUCCUGAAGCAGUACAGAUGUCAGAAUAUGAGGUAAAGCAAGAUGGAACAUAUGUACAAGCAAAGGAUUCGUCAUUAUAUUUUCCAUCUCCAUAUGCAACAAGCAGAGUGCCAGUAUUCUCUUUAGAUGAAAGAAGUUCGGGAGAAAGUAGUACAGAUGGCCGAUCCACAUUACGGGAUAUGGAAAGGCCAUACGAUGUUCCAUUCGCAGUAAAACAAUCAAGCAAUACAAAGCAUAUAAAAGGAGGGAAGUCCUUAACUCAAUCAGAAGUGGAGCAUAUGUACAGCUUUCCAAAUCGGCCAUCAAGUGGACAUCAUCAAACAACAGGAUCUCAUCGAAAAGAAUCUAUGUCUGGUCGACGUUGGUCUGCUGAUGUUGAUGAUGACUACAUACCAGACAACAAUGAUUCCAGACCUAGAUCAACUGCCAUUUCUUCCAGCAGAUGGCACUGCGGUACCAAACAAGGUGGUCCCUAUGAUAAAACAUGUCGGGAUGGGUAUGAGGAUGAGGAGUGGGGAAGCCCCUUUCAUUUAUCCGGAACACGUGACGUAGGGGAAAGUAGUGAUGCAGAAUGUGACAGGGACCAGAUUUUAUACGUCCAUACUGACACAGGUUCCUUUUUAAGUGCUAAAUUGCCGUACCAUAUCGCCUUGGGAAAACAAGUCAUAUUUCCAUCAAGGGCUCAUAUUGAAGCUUAAACUGUGCAUUUCAGGAAAUUAUAUACAUGAAAGAAAGUAUUUAUACGUGAAAAACGGCUUCCAGGAAGAAGAAAAAAAACGUCAUUUUAUAACAUUUGUAUAUAGCUUAGAGAAUAAGAAAUGUUUUGUCAUAAUAAAUAUUAUGUUUUUAUGUCUAUGUUGAUGAAAGAAGAUAAGUGUUUGUAAAUUUAUAAAUUUAAAUGUUGUGUUAUCAAAGGAGCUGUGAUCAAAAAAUGUUAUAAGAAUAACAGAGUUGAGUAAUUGAUUAUGAAAUAUAAUACAUUACAAUAAAAUAAAUUGCAUCCAGAUUUAUAUUCAUUAUUUUACAAGUUUAUUUCCGAUUAAUGUA